AUGCGACCACAACUCAACCUCCUAGUUACCUUAAUCACCCUGCUACACUCAUGGAACUACUUCCCUGUCACACAAGCCGACCCUCAAACACGUUUAAUCAACAAAGGUUGUAGCCAAUACAACGCAACAAGCUUGUCCAAUUUCAACCAAAAUCUAAACGCAACUUUAUCAGACUUGAAAUCACAGGUGGGAAAUGAAAACAAGCAUUUUGCGACGGCACAAUCCGCCAAAGGAGCAAAUCCUGUUUAUGCUUUGUUUCAGUGCAGGAAUUACCUCUCUAAUUCUGAUUGCGCCGCUUGCUUCACCGUCGCCGCCGCACAAAUCCGUAAUUGCUCCGCUGGUUCCAACGGUGCUCGUGUUAUUUAUGAUGGUUGCUUCCUUAGGUACACCUCCACCUAA